AUGCGAUGUGCUGCCGACGCAGCAAAAAAGGCGGUUGAACGCAUGCAGGUAGCCGAAAAGAGUGCUCUUCUUGCUUCAGCAGCAUGUGAUCCUUCGCCUGCUGUUGCAUUUCAGCACCAGGCGGUGCCUAUUGUGAUCAGUCCACGUGGUGAGUUUUGUUUGUCGCCGCGUGCGACAGAUACAUCCGCUGCGUCUCCAGCGGGUAUUGCGAAUCGCAAUGUGGAUGAGCCUGAAGUAAAACUUGUUUAUUCUGGAGAGUCGGAUGAUGCAUCCGACUCGAAGUCGACAUCUCACGCCUCCGGAUCAUCCGGGGCGGACACUGCACGAGCCAGUGGCUGA